CCAUGGACAAAUAACGCUAGCUCGAGACCGAUAAAGUGACUGAGAAAGGAAGACAGAAGAAAGCAUUCAUCCACUGUUGCACGUCCGAAACCAAAGCUCCAGCUCGCUCGAAGGCCACCAGGGCAAAUCAAUGGCGUCGUCUUCGCCAUCGUUCCUGCUCCAGCUGGUGCGGUACGUGUCGUCCCUCCCGACCCACUUCAUGCGGGCCACGACCAGGGCGCUCCCGCUCCCGACGGGAGGCGCCGGCGGGGCGAUCCGUCCCCUCGCCGCCCGCAAGCCGCGGCCACCAGGUCCGCCGGCCCAAGGCUCCGGCGGCAAGGGUGGGAUCAUCCAUGCCGCCUCUCCCCUCCCGCGCGAGCUGAUGCGGGCGGCGCCUCCGAGGAAUGGCGCCGGAGGGAAGACCAAGGCGCCACAACGGCCCGGCGCGCCCGCCGAGGGCACCGGCGGCCGCGGUGGGAUCAUCCAUGCUGCAUCUUCUUGAACGGCACCCCAAAUCAUUCGGUAUCGGGGUUAGACGAUAGAACACGGUUGUAGAUGAUCGAGAGAAAUCGAGAUUCAAGUUUCUCGAGAAUAAAUCGAGAUUCAGUUUUACUGCCGCAGCUGCAAUUUUCUGUUCUGCAUACGUACA